AGGGUGGCGAGUGGCAAAUCAUACACAGGCCGUGCAGGAGGAACAUGAACGACGAUGACUAUGAGGACAUGACCUUCUACCUCAUCCUGGAGAGGAAGCCUCUGUACUACGUUUUGAACAUCAUCCUCCCCUGCAUCCUCAUCACCAUCAUCGCCAUCUUCAACUUCUACCUGCCUCCUGACGCAGGAGAGAAGAUGGGUCUGUCCAUCAACGUGUUGCUCACCCUCACUGUGUUCCUGCUGCUGCUGGCUGAUAAGAUCCCUGAGACUUCACUGGGUGUCCCCAUCAUCGUCAACUACAUCAUGUUCACUAUGAUCCUGGUCACAUGUUCAGUCAUCCUCAGUGUGGUUGUCCUCAAUCUGCACCACCGCUCGGCCAACACCCACUGCAUGCCCAUGUGGAUCCGUAUG